AUGAUGGGAACAAUUGCUGACGUGUGCGGAACUCUUCCUCCUUUCCAAACUGAUUACAAGCCGGUCGGAAGUACUAAGCAAGUUCCAAACUCGGAUUUGAUCUAUUACGAUGUCGGAUCCUCAAAAAAGGUCAUCUUCGUUGCCUACGACGUCAUGGGAAUGAAUGACAAUACAAAGCAAACUGUCGACACUCUGGCCUCGAAGGGUUUCCGCUGUGUUAUGCCAGAUUUCUAUCGUGGCGACGGCUGGAAGCCGGAAAACGACAGAUCCCAACUCAUGGCAUGGGUCUCAAAGGUCGGAACAUGGGAUAUCGUGUCAAGGGACCUGACUACUCUCAAACCAAUCUUGGACUCAGAGGGAACCGAGUCUUAUGGAUUUGUUGGGUUCUGUUGGGGUGGGAAGAUGGCCAUGCAUGCAUCGACACUUUCCUGGAUGAAGGGUACAUGUGCUACUCAUCCUGCUUGGAUUACGGAAGAAGAUGCUGAAAAGAGCACAUGUCCUGUCUUGUUGCUACCUUCAAACGGGGAAGCAGACAUGACUCCCGUUUACAAGGUAUUGGAAACAAAGCCUUGGGGAAACAAGUCCCAACACGUGCGAUUCGACGACAUGCAUCAUGGAUGGUGCAGCGCAAGGGCGGACCAUUCAAACCCGAAGAAUGCACGUCGAACUGCUGAUGCGGUUCAACUCAUGGUCAACUUCUUCUCGGCUGUCCUUGCGGGCAGCAAACUAUGA